AUGCAGUUUCAUAACGGUGAUGUUGCGGAAAAUGGAGGAGCGACCGCUGAUUCCUACCAUGUUGGGCAUGUGCUUUUGGAUUUCUUCAAUCAACCCGAAGAUUAUGUUUGGCAGAUCGAUGCAGGGACUGGCGAAGUUGAGAACAAGUCAUCGGUGAAGUCCCGUUCCAUACAAUUGGCGAGAUGUCUGAGGAACGCCGGCUUUAAGCCGGGUGACGUGAUCGCCGUGUCUGGCAUCAACCAUCUUGAUGUGCACAUCCCUUUCUAUGCUGGAUACUUUAAUGGACAUCCAAUAAUGGGAAUAGAUCCAUCCUAUAGAUACGAUGAAGUAAAGAGACUAUUUGAAAUAGCUAAACCAAAAGUGACGUUCGUCGAAGUGAGUCUCGUGGAAGAAUACGAAAAAGUCAUCAAUGACCUUGGACUAGAUACGAGGAUCAUAACAUUCGGUGACAGCGACAGAUCUUUGGCCAAAUUUAUAAAGACGUACGAUGAUGGUGCGCCGGACAGCGAUUUCAGAGUGGCCACUUUCGAUACGAGCAAGGUGUUCGCGUGGCUCGUCCUAACCAGCGGAACCACGGGACUCCCCAAGGUCGCUGCCUUCAAGCACUCUGACAUUAUCACCAUGAUCAAAAUCAACUCAGUCAUGAAAGACAAAGAAAUGGCACCGUUUAUGCUUCUACCGAGCGUGCAGUGGGUAUCUUCAUACGUAGCGACAUUGUGUAUGAUUUUCGCAAACCAAAUCAAGUUGCAGUCCUCGACACCCAUCACCGUAGAACAUAUUAUCGAAAUUAUUAACAAAUAUAAGCCGGUUGCCGCGAUAUCAACUCCGCUAGUAAUCAAUGGCAUCUUGAAACACGAGAAACAUUGCGACAUGACGUGCUUUAAAAGGCUCGUGGUCACAGCAUUUGCCAUUAACCCUGUAACCUUGAACCAACUGAAGGCAAAAAUGGGACCAGGCGGCGAGGUGUGGAACCUACUAGGGCAGACGGAAUGUUUGGGCGCUAUUCUGCUGCCGGCUCCGAAUGGUCCCCAGGGAAACUGUGGGACAGAGAUGCCAAUUAGACCUGUAAAACUGGUAGAUACAACAACUGGCCAAGUAAUCACAGAACCGAACAAGGUCGGAGAGCUUUGGACAAAGGGCCCAAAAUUGUCAGAAUACUACAUGAAUCCAGAGGCAACAGACGCUGCGUUCUCGGAUGGCUGGUUAAGAACUGGAGAUCUGCUGUACAGAGACGAAAAAGGAUACUUCUUCUACGUGGAACGGAUAUCCAGCUCCUUUAGAUAUCGUAACUAUUUUAUCACACCCAUGGAGCUAGAGCAUGUGAUUCAGGAGCACCCAGAUGUGCUGGACGUGUGUGUGGUUGGAGUGCCGCACCCUGAGGAUCACAAACACGCUAUUGCGUGCGUCAUACGAUGCCCCGGCUCCACACUUACAGAGCAGGGCGUUAAGGACAUCAUUUCUAGUAAACUAUCCGCUUACAAACAAGUGAGCAGCGUCAUUUUCGUCGACAACUUCCCUAGAACAAUCUCCGGCAAAGUCGCCAGAGGAAAAGUCCUAGAGUACGUCUUAGAGGUCCAAAAAUUGGGGACAUCCGAAUGGCCGAGCUCUGGCAACACAAAGAAACUUAUCAGUGCCUUCCAGCAGCUCAGUACUACGGGUAACACCCGAUAUUUGUCAAGAGGGCGACACUGAUGAACCACU